ACACACCGAAUUUACUCUUUCAUCUGCAAACAUGCUCAUACUCAUAGCUCAUCCAGCUUUGGAAAGCCCACUAAAGAAAGGAUAAUCUUCACAAACGAGUCCCGAGACAUCGCCCUUUCAAAGGAGAAACCAUGGCUACAUCUUUGCAUUAUCAUCUCCUUCCUUUCCGUCGGCUUUUGCAGAACAUGAGCAGUAUACAGAGAGGAAUGUCAUCCAUACCUCCAAGGAGAAAGAAGAAUCUGAGUGAGAAAAAGCUGUCCAAGCAUUUUGUGGACUGGAGACGGGUACGAGUUGCUGGAGGUAACGGAGGAGAUGGAUGCGUGUCUGUACGCAGAGAAGCUCAUGUAGAGUUUGGUGGCCCUGAUGGUGGAGACGGUGGUAACGGAGGCCAUGUUAUUCUUGAAUGUGAGCAGAGUCUGAAGUCACUAGAGCGCGUCCUCCCGCUUUAUCGAGGAGAGGCAGGAGGAAAGGGGAAGAGUCAAAAUCGUCAUGGACGGAAUGGCAAACACAAUGUCAUUAAGGUUCCUCUUGGUACUUUAGUAAAAGAAAAUAAUGUUAUCAUCAAGGACUUAGAAAAUGAACACGACAUGUUCAUGCUGGCUGCGGGUGGUGAGGGAGGACGUGGCAAUCGAUCCUUCAUGACGGCCCAGCACAAGACCCCUAUGAUGGGUACAUGCGGCACCCCGGGGGAGGAGCGGGUACUCCACCUGGAGCUCAGGACCAUGGCUCAUGUGGGUCUGAUUGGUUUCCCCAAUGCUGGCAAGUCCACCCUCCUGAGAGCGCUGUCCAGAGCAAGGCCUGCCGUGGCGGCCUACCCAUUCACCACACUCAAUCCGCAUGUUGGCAUGGUCAUUUAUGAUGAUAUGGAGCAAGUUGCAGUUGCAGAUAUUCCUGGUCUGAUCAGAGGUGCUCAUCAGAACCGAGGCCUGGGCCAUUCUUUUCUGCGUCACAUCGAGCGAUGCCGCUGCCUCCUGUACGUCAUCGACCUCUCUGUCAAGGACCCCUGGUCGCAGCUCUCCGAUCUCCGCUACGAGCUUGAGCAGUACCUGCCUGGUCUGUCGGAGAGACCUCACGCAAUCGUUGGGAACAAGAUGGAUCUUGAGGAGUCCAGGACCAACUUGAUAGAGUUCCAGGACAGGAUCAGGUUGCCUGUGAUAGCCAUCUCUGCACAACUGAGCAGAAAUAUUGGACCUUUGAAGGAGCACAUAAGGAAGUUGUACGAUCAGGACAUUGGUGGAAAGCACAAGGUCAACCAGGCUCAAGAUGAAAAGACAGUUCAGACUCCAGUUAAUAGAAUUAUAUGACAGAUUUAUUAAAGACAUGCCUAGGUACAUUUUCUUAACAAUCCAUAUUAAAAUGUUUUCCAAUUCAAAUACCAAUGGUGUCAGAAUCUACUUUAUUUGUUGGAGCUCGUUGAAAGUUGUUGCAAAUUUUAUGAUGAACCAGAAGCAAUUGGGAUCUUCCAAAUGUAUGCCUUCUAACUGUACUAACAUGUGCAUGCAUAGGAUUUGAAGUUGAUUAUGAAACUUCAUAUUCAAAUUAUAUCUGCAUUCGUACAGCAUGGGCAUGGUCAUUUUGGGAGUUGUAGUCUUAUAUGAUAGAUAUAUACAAAUAUUAGGAGAGGUUGUGAAAGAUGAAUUUUCUAUCUUCAUUUAUCAUUUCUCUCCUCUUCGGGGUCCUUUCUAUUUCAUGAAUAAAUUCACAAUAGAGGUCCCUUAAUAUUGUUUACCUUAUUAUGGUUUCACAUGAUUUUGCUGCGCCCCCCCCCCCCCCCCCA